CAUCAGAUGUUUACGAGGACGUCUAAAAGUUCAAAAUGAAGAUGCUUCUGCGGAAACAGGACAGUUUUGUUUUUUUGGAUCACAGACCAAGCAGCUGAUGGACAAACAACUGUCAGCACAAAGGUCCAAGCAGCAACAGGAAGUUCUAUGACACUGUCAUUACAUACAUUGACAAGUGGUUUGAUUUCUCACCAGAAUAUGUAAUGGUGAAACUGAAACCAAUUGUCCUCUAUGAGGAGCUCUCCUUCACUGACAUGGAGCAGGUGGUGGUUGCCCUCAAAAUGACAGAGACAGUCAGUAUGGACCAAUUCUGAAGAGUUUUGUGCUAGCUGGGAGGAAAUACAGAAAGCCAGACAGGAUACCAGAACAUCCACCAGUGAGAAGUGGGUGGCAGUUUUCCAAAACCUAGGGAAAGACAACUUGAUCAACAUGUUCAGGAUUGUCUCAUUUGUCCUGUGUGCCAGGCUCAAAUGCCUUUGUAGAGAGGAUUCUUUUCUCUGAUGACCAUUAAAUGGCAACAAAUAUCCAUAGAAAAAGUAGACUUGUUACUUGGAGUGGCGUUCCUUGGCAUAGGGCUUUGGGCAUGGAGCGAGAAGGGUGUGCUCUCCAACAUCUCAUCCAUCACAGACCUGGGGGGCUUUGACCCCGUCUGGCUCUUCCUGGUGGUGGGAGGAGUUAUGUUUAUCCUUGGCUUUGCUGGUUGUAUCGGAGCACUGAGGGAGAACUCUUUCCUUCUCAAGUUUUUCUCCGUGUUCCUGGGGAUCAUCUUCUUCCUGGAGCUGACAGCUGGAGUCUUGGCCUUCGUCUUCAAGGACUGGAUCAAGGACCAGCUCAACUUCUUCAUCAACAACAACAUCCGGGCGUACCGGGAUGACAUUGACCUGCAGAAUCUCAUAGAUUUCACCCAAGAAUACUGGGAGUGUUGUGGAGCCUUUGGGGCAGAUGAUUGGAACUUGAACAUCUACUUCAACUGCACAGAUUCCAACCCAAGUCGCGAGAAGUGCGGAGUGCCCUUUUCAUGCUGCACCAAAGACCCGGCAGAGGAUGUCAUUAACACCCAGUGUGGCUACGACAUUCGAGCUAAAGCGGUCUCGGAGCAGAGGACCUUUAUCUACAUCAAAGGCUGUGUGCCUCAGUUUGAGAAGUGGCUUCAAGACAACCUGACAGUGGUGGCGGGGAUCUUCAUAGGAAUUGCUUUACUACAGAUUUUUGGGAUCUGUUUAGCACAGAAUCUAGUGAGCGACAUUGAAGUAGUGAGAGAGAGCUGUUUGUUUACCUGAAACAUCUCAAGCAAACUAAAGGUUGGAACGAAGAUCUCUUCAGUUUUGCCACCUUCUAAAGGGAGAAGAUCAGGACACUUGGGAAAUAUACAAAACAAAGAGUCUCGCUACUUCCUUUAUGCUCUGUAUAUAAUACUUUUGUAAGAGUUUAUUUUUUAUAUACAUAUGGCUUUGAACAUGACUCUUCCAGGCAGUGUUUGACAUGCAGUGUCAAACACUGCCUGGAAGGGUCGUGUACAAAGCCACAUGUAUGUAUAUAUGGGAGCCAAACAUAUGUGUCGAUAUGGCUCUGGUCAUGUACAGUAUAGAGCUGAGGUGGUUCUGGAAAUGCACUGCAUGCCUAUUCAUAGGGCAUUGGUUCUCCUACCUGUAUUCUUUAAUGUUAUGAUGUCUGAUGUAUUGUACAUUAUACGUCAGGUUACCAGUAAGGAGUGAAUUGGCUGGGUAGCACUUCGUACACUGUUAUAAAGCCUGCGGAGCUGUAGCAGUAGCAUGUAUUGUAAUGUCAUGCCAUACUGUGUGAAGUGUCAGUUUCUAAAGAGAAUUUGUGUUGCUAAUACCAGUCUAUUGACUAGCAAUAACCAUGAACUAACUCUAUUUCAGACACAAGUGUUGCAUUUCAUUGUCAUGUUCAAUUUAUACCAAUACCAUUCCAUAUACUCCAUUCCAGCCAUUAUUAUGAGCUGUUCUCCCCUUAGCAGCCUCCACUGGUGCGCAGUCUAAGUAAAUCUGUCCCUAUUUGGGGUAUAGAGUAAUAAUAUCACAUAUUUUGCAAAUGCUGACUGAUUUUUUGGGGGACUGCAUGUCGGUCUGUACUUUUCACUGCGCCAUCUCACAACUCAAAAACAAACAUUUCCCCUGUGCCAUAGGUGUGAUCAUGAUGUUCGGUACUUUCAUUUCAUAUGUGUUUGAAAUUAUGUAAAUAACUGGAUAGUAAGAAGUUUUAAAUAUGUCAAAAUAAAUGUAUGCUGCUUUGUAUUA